AUGUCAAGCUCUUGGUUUGUUUUUACCACCAUAAUUUUUCCCCUGGUAGCCGUGAUGGCGGCUAUAGUCUCACCCCAAGUUGAGGCUCGUGCUUUCUUUGUUUUUGGUGACUCGCUUGUUGACAGUGGCAACAAUAACUACUUAGCCACUACUGCUCGUGCUGACUCUCCACCAUAUGGCGUCGAUUAUCCAACCCACAGACCAACAGGCCGCUUCUCUAAUGGCUUAAACCUCCCUGACAUUAUCAGUGAGCGAAUUGGCUCGGAGUCUACAUUGCCGUACUUGAACCCUGACCUCAGAGGGCAAAAACUACUAGUUGGUGCCAACUUUGCUUCAGCUGGGAUUGGUAUCCUCAAUGACACAGGAAUUCAAUUUGCCAACAUAAUAAGGAUCUUCAGGCAAUUUGAGUACUUUCAAGAUUAUCAGAGGAGAAUUACUGAGAUUGUUGGAAAAGAACAGGCACAGCGGCUAGUAAACCAAGCACUGGUUCUUAUAACACUUGGUGGCAAUGACUUUGUUAACAACUAUUUCUUGGUACCUUUUUCAGCAAGAUCACGCCAAUUCUCUCUGCCAGAUUACUGCCGCUAUCUCAUUUCUGAAUACCGGAAAAUCCUCCUGAGGUUAUAUGAAUUAGGAGGCCGAAGGGUCCUGGUGACAGGGACAGGACCAUUGGGUUGCGUGCCUUCCGAGUUAGCUAUGAGGAGCAGGAACGGGGAAUGUGUGCCAGAGAUCCAACAAGCUGCAGCAAUAUUCAAUCCACUGCUUGUCCAAUUAAUUCAACAACUCAACUCUCAGCUUGGUUCCACCGUUUUCAUUGCUGCUAAUGCUUUUUCAACGAACAUGGACUUCAUCAGCAACCCUCAAAGAUUUGGUUUUGUCACAUCAAAGGUAGCAUGCUGUGGGCAAGGACCCUACAAUGGACUAGGAUUAUGCACCAGAUUGUCAAAUUUGUGCCCCAACCGCAACAUCUACGCCUUCUGGGAUGGUUUCCACCCAAGUGAGAGGGCAAAUCGACUGAUAGUUCAGCAGUUCAUGAUAGGAUCUACCAAGUAUAUGAAUCCGAUGAACCUAAGCACCAUCAUGGAAAUGGAUUCAAGGACCUGAUGAUCUAAGAACUAAGAUAGUACCUUCUAAAUGUUUUAUGCUAUAUUUUCCUCCAAAUUCGACACUAUAAUAUUUCUCUGUGUUUUGCCAAGAGCUAGCGCAAUUGUAAGGUUGACUGCACUACCU